GUUGUUUACAAGAGAGUGCUGUAAGAACAUUCUGUUCUCCCUCAGAGUUGAAAGUGAAAGUUAAAUGAGUGCAUUUAUAUAGACAGGAAGAGCUGCAGACACAGAGCACAAAGAGGGAGACACAGACCUCAGCAUUACUUCUUAUAAAGUUCCACAGAUUCAAACAUGGGAUCAUAUCCAACAAAACCUGAAUUUGUCUCUGUUUUGGCUGACAAACAAGUGAGAGAAGGUGAUGAUGUCGAUCUUCACUGUGAGGUAAACACAGAAGGAGUAACAGCAAAGUGGGAGAAGAACGGAUAUCGUUUAGAAUGUGUGGAAGGCAAACACAUAAAGAGACAAAGUGGAACAACGGUUUCCUUGAAAAUCAGGAACGCUGCAAAGGAAGAUGAAGGGAACUACACAUUAAACCUGUGGAAUGACUCUGGUAGUGCCUCAUGCUCUGCCAUGGUCACUGUGGAACUCAAUCAGUGGAGGACUGUCCAAUGGAGACAAGAUCCAAUGAUCACAGCUUUAAAGAACUGCAAAAUUAGCAAUGAUAAUAUCAGAGAGCUUCGCUUCCUUCUGCAUGGACCAGUUGGAGCAGGAAAAUCCAGCACCAUCAACACCAUCAAAACCAUUUUUGAAGGACAUCAGUUCAUCAACUGCCUGGCUGCUUCAGAUUUAAGUGGAGAGAGUUUUACAACUAAGUACCAGAAGUACACUAUUGGAGGUUUACCUUUUGCAUUUUAUGAUGUGAUGGGUAUUGAAGAGGACCAAUUGAAAGGGGCGCACACUGAUGAUAUCAUCAGUGCUUUAAAGGGACACAUCCCAAAUGAUUAUGAAUUCAAACCUCAAGCACCAAUGGAUGAAGACAAUCGAUAUUACAUCAGUGAUCCCACUCUGAAUGAUAAGAUUCAUUGCCUAGUGAGUGUUCUUGCAGCGGACAGAGUUACCCUAAUGGACAAUAAAGUCAUCCAGAAAAUGAAGACCAUCAGAGCAGAAGCCAGUAAAUUAGGAAUCCCUCAGCUGGUUUUCAUGACAAGAGUGGACUGCGUAUGCAAACUGACAAAAGAGAAUGUGGCCAAGAUCUACCAAAGCAAGAAGAUCAAGGAAAAGAUGGAAGAGUGCAGCACUAGACUGGGAGUCCCUAUGAACUGCAUCUUCCCUCUGAAGAACUAUCAUGAAGAGACCAAGAUGAAUGAGAAGCUCAACUGCCUGAUGCUGGAGGCCUUCAUGCAGGCUGUGCACUCAGCCGAUGACUAUGUGAAAAAGUUUUCCCGCAAAGACAGAUACGUAGAAUGAUUCCUCCAUAUAUAAAAUACAUAUGAAGAAGUGGAACAUGACUAUACAAGAAGGGUCAGAAUCACCCAAAUACCUAUAAAACGCUUAUUGAUAGAUUGAUCUCAUUAUUACGCUUAUGUAUUAAAUCAGUGGGUGUAGUUAUGACGUAUAUUGCUUUACCCCUCUAGCUACUUCCAGUUACUUUCAUUGGUUUACAAUUUAAGGCUGUAGCCAUCUCUUGUCAUGAUCAGCCAUCCUUUAUGCUAUUCAUUACUGGUCAGUUUCUGACCACAGGAUUGCUGUUGAGCAGAUAUUAUUUGGGUGUUGGACCAUUCUCAGCAGAGGCAUGGUAUGGUACUGUGUGCAAAUAUAUAUAUAUAUAUAUAUAUAUAUAUAUAUAUAUAUAUAUAUAUAUAUAUAUAUAUAUAUAUAUAUAUAUAUAUAUAUAGUAUUUCACAAAAGUGAGUGCAGGAAAAUGACUAUAACUUGACUAUAACUUAAAGUAGUCAGUGUACAGCUUGUAUAGCAGUAUAGAUUUAGUGUCCUCUAAAAAUAACUCAACACACAGCCAUUAAUGUCUAAAUAGCUGGCAACACAACUGAGUAACCCUCACAGUGAACAUUUCCAAAUUGUGCUCAAAGUGUCAAUAUUUUGUGUGACCCCCAUUAUUAUCUAGCACUGCCUUAACCCUCUUGGGCCAAAAUAAAUUGGUUGAACUUCA